AUGGCCUCCUUCUUCUCCGGACACCAGGAGUUCGCGAUUUCGGAAAAGCGCGGAGCUUCCGGUUGUGCACCAGUGGACCCCGAGCUGGUCGCCUCGAUCCGCAAAUGCGGACUAUUGCGUCAAGCCCCGCUGAACCUGAACUUCGCCGAAUCCAUGCUCGCGAAGCUCGGCAACUGCCUGGAGGAGUUUCGGAAGCCGGUGCUGUCGGAGGACAAGAAGCUGAUGCUGAAGCAGGACCUGACAGAUGCCCUGCUGGAGGUGAUCAGGAUGACGCCUGAAGACUUUGAAAAGGAGCUGGAGCAGAUCCCAUGGGAGCGGUACGAGGAUGCUCACGCCCUCCCCAUCUUCGUGCGGAAUCUCAUCAGCGCCCAAAAACUCGAUGUCGGUCCACAGUGGCACAAGUAUGCCCGCACCCUGCCAGCCUUCCUACAGAAUCUCAUCGGCGUCCCUACGAAACUGGCACCCUUGGCUGAAGAGCUCGCGAAGAGGAUUGCAACUGUCGCAGGCGGCACCGGUGAACCUUCAUCUUCGAUAUCCAACGUGAGCAAUUACAUUGUUCCUGACGGCCAGCGCUACGAUCCGAAGACGAUCUGUUACAUCAAGGAGGCGCGGAUCUACACCGGCAACGGUAUCGGCGCAGAAGAGUACCAAGCCUAUGCAGCUUUCUGCAAGGGCCACCAAGACAUGGAGAGCCGGAUCAUCCCUUUCUUCAGCAAGCUGGCGGCAGCCGAGGAUUCGCGUCGCAGGAUGACUCCAUGUCCGCCAUGUCUGGAGCAGGGGCUCCAUCCCUUCGCCUUGAGCAUCUUGAUCCGUCGUCCGCAUACUGCCAACAUGGUUGGACGUCUUAUGCGCAUCGCCGCCGCCAAGCAAGUUUGGAGUCCUGAGAAGACGGAAAGCACUUUGAGGAUCUUGGAGCACUGCAUGCUGAGGGUCAUUGAGGCCUUCCGCGAGUGGAUAACACCGGCUCGCAUUCCCGCAGAGCUGUGGCCGAAGGUGUAUCCGAAUUUCCCGAACACCACAGGUGCCCAAACGUUGCUGACUCGCGUGCUGGACGCACUGCUUCUGAAUCAGGAUCCGACCAACGAGGAGUUCAAACGGAAUGCAAGCACUGUGCGGGAGCGCUGCAACGACCAGCAGCGUGAGCGCCUCGACUUUUUGCUCGCAGGCGUGGAUGCUUGGCGUCGCGUCAUCCACAGCAGCGAUAAGACUACGCAGCUUUACAAAGACUGCCAGUUCCUCUUGCUGCUCUUACGAGCAGUGCACCUCCACCGCAUCCUGAAGAUUGGAGGAUUCACAGGAACGGCCAAGAAGGCUAUGAAAGAGAAGCUGGAGACGGUGACGUGGCAGAUCCUGCAGGCCAUUGACCCAAGCCUUCCGUCGAAGGAGAAGAUCACCAUCAAGAUCGAUGGGGCCUGGCGCGACUGUACGCAGUACGUGCGCUCAAGCUGUCAUCCAGCAGGAGAUGCGAUCCUGAUGGCUGCCAACGGCAAGGAUGUCACAACACAUUUCAAUGCAUAUCAUGCACAGCGCACAAAGGAUUCGAUGAUCAAGCAUUGUCCGGAAGUGCGGUUCAACGCCUGA